AUGCUCCGCCUGGGGCCGUACCCGCCCCAGCUCAUUGAGAUUUCCGAUCCUGAGGAGCUGUGGACUGAGAAGGCAGAUGGUGUUCCACUCCUUGCCAGUGAGCUUGACGUCCUGACGUUCCCGGAGGAGCGUGUGGAAGUCUUGGAGGCGAAGCCUGGCUCUUUGCAGGAGCACAUCAACGCGGUGGUGGGCUUCAACGUUUGCCGCAAACUGGGCCAGCCGGAGGAGCUCCGCGAGCGCGCCGGCGAGGCGCUCCGCGCGGCGGCGGCCCGCCGGAAGGAGGAAAAGACUGCCUUGGCCCCUUCUGGGUCCGUGACCACGGGCACCCCGUCCUCGUCACAGUCGGAAGUGGGCGAAGUGGGCAGCAACGGGGAGGAGGAGGCUUGGGACGAGCGGCGCCGACCACGCAGGGAGGUCGCGGAGGACUCCUGGAAGGAGGAGUGGCCCUUCAAACCUCCGGGCUGCUUUGAUCCGGUGCCGCAGCUCAAGGCCGAGUACUUCCAGGACCAGCAGCAGAAGAUGUAUGAACAGUACCUCGAAUUGCAGCGUUAUCAUCAGGUACUGGAAAGGCAACACCGUGAGCUGCAACACCGCUUGUUGCAGCCCUAUCUCAGCAGUUUCGUGGACCCUCUCAUGUCGCAAUAUCAGAUGGCGCAGAAUGUGCUCUCCUUUCAGGAGCGAGCUCAGGCCCAGGCGGGGCUCUACAAUUAUUUGGAGCCCGGGGAAGAUCUGCCCGACUUCGAGGACGAGGAACCCAAGGGUGACGAGGCCAAGGAUGCUGAGGCGAAAAAGGGGCAGGCGGCGUUGCAUGCCUCUGGCUUCAAGGACUUCUUGCUCAAGGCGGAGCUGAUUCGCGCGAUCGUGGAUUGCGGCUUUGAGCAUCCCUCAGAGGUGCAGCAUGAAUGCAUCCCGCAGGCCAUCUUGGGGACGGACGUCCUGUGCCAGGCCAAGAGCGGAAUGGGGAAGACCGCGGUCUUCGUGCUGGCCUGUCUUCAGCAGGUGGAUUCCUCUGAAAAGGCAGUGCGAACGCUGGUCAUUUGCCACACGCGUGAGUUGGCCUAUCAGAUCAAGCACGAGUUCGAGCGCUUUGCCAAAUACUUCCCGGAGAUCAAGACGGCGGUGGUCUAUGGUGGAACGCCCAUGUCGAAGGACAAGGAAAUGCUGAAGGACUCCUGCCCGCAUAUCCUCAUUGGCACACCCGGGCGGGUGCUUGGACUCCUCCGUGAGAAGGACUUGAAAUUGGAUAAGAUCCAGCAAUUUGUCUUAGACGAAUGUGACAAGUGCUUGGACAAGGUGGACAUGCGCAAGGACGUUCAGCAGAUCUUCGUGGAAACUCCCAAGAAGAAACAGGUGAUGAUGUUCAGCGCCACGAUGUCGGCGGAGACCCGACAGCUUUGUAAGAAGUUCAUGCAGGAUCCACAUGAGAUUCGGGUGGAUGAAGAGUCGAAGCUCACCUUGCAUGGACUCUUGCAGUACUACGUGAAACUCACCGAGAAGGAGAAGAACCGGAAGUUAAACGAUCUUCUGGACGCCUUAGAGUUUAACCAGGUGGUGAUUUUUGUGAAGUCGGUUCAGCGCGCGGUGGCCUUGGACAAGCUUUUGGUGGAAUGCAAUUUCCCGUCCAUUGCCAUCCACUCUGGGCUGCAGCAGGAGGACCGCAUUGCGAGGUAUAAGCAGUUCAAAGAGUUCCAGAAGAGAAUUAUGGUAUCAACAGACCUCUUCGGUAGAGGUAUCGAUAUCGAAAGGGUGAACAUCGUCAUCAACUAUGAUAUGCCUGAUGAGAGCGACUCCUACCUGCAUCGUGUGGGGCGGGCUGGCCGCUUUGGGACCAAGGGCCUUGCCAUCACCUUUGUCGCCACGGAGGAGGACCAGGAGGUCUUAAAGAAGGUUCAGGAGCGCUUUGAGGUCAAUAUCGGUGAGAUGCCAGCGUCCAUUGAUACCACUUCAUACCUGAACGCGUGA